CUAAUUUGCAGGCCCAAGAAUUAGUGUUGGCCUGAGAUAUAGUGAUAGCCAACAAUGACCAUAUUUGGUCGUGGGCUAGCCUCCAAAAAGGAUAAUGCAACUGAUAAUGGCACUUCAAAACCAACAGCACUACUCGAUGGCGUAACAACUCCAGGAAAAGGUUUUGGAAUCCGUUCAUAUCUUCAUCAGUUUUAUCAAUCACCAGCUGUUGAAGAUAUUGAAUCAGCUGGGGCCUGGUAUCUUUUGCCACCACCACCAGCACAACGUACAGGACUUUGGCUUUGUCGUCUGUUGACUGUUCUUGGCUUAAUCCUCUUGAUUGGCGGAGCUGUCGCUAUUGUUGUCGGAUAUACUUGGCCCCAUGAAGGUGUCGAAGAAUCGAUUGCUCGUAUUGCUAUCUAUCAAGAUGAAGAUGGAAGUUUUUAUGUUCCACCGGAAAAACUUGCUGAAAUAUUAAAAGAUCCAAUGCGUCGUUGGAAAAUGUUUGGAUUAUGUAUGUUUGCUACCGGUUCCGUAAUGCUUGCAUUAAGUUUGCUAACGCCAACAUUGCUUGGUUCAUUCAAAAAUAAACAUUUAGCAGCAUUUAUGAGUGAAGAUAGUACACCAAAUGAACCACCGAUACGUCUUUAUCCGGCAAAUUCCGGUAAAAAUGAAAUAAUUCGUCAUCCUAACAAUAAUACAAACGACAGACAUGGCAAAAUUACGCCUGAUUCAGGCCCAGUACCAGUGCUGAAAGAGAUUGCAAAAGUACAACCUGGUGAAGGUAAAAUUGGUGGUAACGGUAAUGGUAAUGAUGACAGUCAUCCAAAACAAACCAUUGCAGAUGAUCUGUUAUUGGGUGGUGACGACACACAAAAAUAAAUUUUUUCUCUUUUAAACUAUCCGAGAUUUCCUGAAAGUAAAGAUAUGAAUUUUUUUU